AUGGCUGACAAGAAAUCCGGCACCAUCGGUUACGCGUUAGCGCCCAAGAAACAGAACAGCUUCAUCCGCGACUCACUCCUAACGCUCGCCAAAUCCCGCGGAAUCGAACUCGUCCGAGUCGUCUCUGACCGUCCUCUAGUAGAUCAAGGUCCCUUCGAUUGCAUCCUCCACAAACUCUACGGCGACGACUGGAAACGCCAGCUUCAAGAUUUUCAAUCAAGAAACCCUAAUGCGGUGAUUCUUGACGCUCCCGAAGCGAUUGAGAGGCUCCACAACAGAAUCUCAAUGCUUCAGGUUGUUUCCGAGCUUAGGGUUGACGACCGAACCGAGACGUUCGGGAUCCCAAAGCAGAUUGUGAUUUACGAUAAAGAAACUCUCUCUGACGGACAGGCGUGGGAGAGUUUGAAGUUUCCGGUGAUAGCGAAACCGCUUGUGGCUGACGGUAGUGCGAAAUCGCAUAAAAUGGCUUUGGUUUUUAGCCACGGCGCGCUGAAUAAGCUGAAGCCUCCGAUUGUUUUGCAGGAGUUUGUUAAUCACGGUGGGGUGAUUUUCAAAGUGUAUGUUGUUGGUGAGAGGGUUCGUUGUGUGAAGAGGAAGUCUCUGCCUGAUGUUUCAGAGGAGAAGGUUUUGGGGGUCUCGGAAGAUUUGUUGUCCUUUUCGCAGAUUUCGAAUCUGGCGAACCGGGAUAGUGUGAAUGAUGAUGAGAAGUUUUAUCAGAUGAUGAGUUUGGAUGAUACUACUGAGAUGCCACCACAGGCUUUUAUUGUUGAUAUUGCUAGUGGGUUGAGGAAGGCUAUGAAGCUGAAUCUGUUCAACUUCGAUGUGAUUCGUGAUUCUAGAUAUGGAAAUAGGUAUCUUAUUAUUGAUAUCAAUUACUUUCCUGGUUAUGCUAAAAUGCCGGGUUAUGAGAAAGUUUUAACUGAUUUUUUCUGCGAUUUGAUACACAAGAAGGAUGUUGAUGAUACAAAUGUGAAAGAGAAUGAGGUUGUUGCUGAUGGUGACAAGGGCAAUGCUGUGGUUUUAACUGAUGAAAUAGAUAAGUCUAAGUCUGUUACAGUACAAAAAUGA